UCGGUACAACAUCUUCAAUUUGUUACCACGGAGUUCCGAUAUCAUAGUCUCUGGAGUCAAGAGUCGCUUAUUAAGCACCAAGAUUCGAGUUAACUUUAAUAUCUGAAUAGACAUAAUCGUGGUUAAACCUGUGUUCUAUAUCUCUAUACUCAGAAAAUCAUCGAACAUGUCGCUAGAGGCAGCACAGACGCCUUACUAUACGCUAGCCGAGGGCCAAGCUCUCCCGAGAAAUGACACUUCAGCCCAAAUACGCACUGCCAGCGGCGGGGGCGGGUUCGUCCUACUUACCUCGACACAGUUGAUCGAAAACCUAGCACACUUUGCGAGAGAGAGAAUUCCGGAAAGAAGCGUACAUGCGAAAGCCGCUGGUGCCAGAGGGUACUUCGAGGUCACAGACGAUAUAUCCGACUUAACCGAUGCGGAUUUCUUAACGGGUAUCGGAAAGAAAACAGAAGCUCUUGUUCGUAUCUCAACAGUUGGCCCUGAGCGAGGAUCCGCCGAUACCGUCCGGGAUUUUCGAGGGUUUGCCAUGAAGUUUAAGACGGCUCAAGGGAAUCAAGACUUUGUAUUCAACAAUCAGCCCGUAUUCUUCGUUCGCGAUCCUACUAAAUUUCCAUCAUUAAACCGAAGCCAUAAACGGGACCCUAGAACCAAUAUCGCCAGUUCAGACAUGUUCUGGGACUUCCAUGUCAAUAACCAAGAGAGUAUCCACGCUCUGAUGUUCCUAUUCGGAGACCGCGGUCUUCCUUCAUCGCCGCGACACGUAAACGCCUACAGCGGAAAUACCUACAAGUUCACCAAAUCCGACGGUUCGUAUCGUUACGUUCGUCUUCACUUUAUAACGAACCAAGGUAUUCACUACUAUACCAACGCGGAAGGGGCCGAAAUAGCAGGCACAGAACCUGAUAAGCAUCUUGGUGAUCUCCAGGAAGCCAUUCAAUCGGGCAACUUCCCUUCAUGGGAUAUGUACGUACAAGUCAUACUCCCGGAAGAUAUCGCCAACGCACCGGUAGAUAUAUUUGACAUGACGAAAACCUGGCCAUUGAAAAAAUACCCCCGACGAAGAGUUGGUCGCAUGGUACUCAAUAAGAACCCAUCCAAUUGGUUCGCGGAGGUCGAACAAGCCGCCUUCAGUCCAAGUAAUAUGGUGUCUGGCAUCGAAGCGAGCCCGGAUCCAAUGCUCCAGGCCCGCAUGUUUGCUUAUCCAGACGCCGCUCGAUACCGUCUUGGUGUGAAUUACCAAUUUCUGCCCACCAAUGCCCCAAAGAGCGAGGUUUAUUGCCCGAUUGAGCGAGACGGCUUCAUGAAUUUUACGGGCAACUACGGUGGCGAUCCGAAUUAUGUUGGUACGAAGAUCAAGCCAGUUCGGUUUCUGAAGACUGGACAGGAUGGUGUGACUCAACCAACUGCCCGCGGAGAAACGAAUGGUAGCAUUCAAAACGAAAAAGCAAGCACACUAGACCAGCCUGCAUUUGGAAAUGGAUUUCCUGUAUCUUUCUCCUCGGAAGUGACUGAUCAGGACUUCGAGCAAUCUACCGCGCUAUGGCAUGUCAUGGAGAAGCAGGAGGGCGCGCAAGAGCGAUUCGUCGACAAUGUGUCUGCUCACAUCAGCGCCACACAGACUCAAUGGAUUAGAGAUGAAACAUAUGCUAUGUUCAGACGUGUCGAUGAGAAGUUAGGUCAAAUGAUAGAGGACAAGACGGAAGCUGCAAUUAGGGGUAGGCUCGAUAACUUGCAUAAGACUGCCUGGCAUUAAUCAGUACCGGGCUAUGGUCCCUGUUCCCGAGCUUCUGCGGGAGGAUGUUAGGGUAAGGGCCGAAUGACUUGGCUUUUCUUAGAAUUCUUCCAUAUUCUCCACUCCACUACCACAAUAAGUACUAAGGACUCUGUUAUAUAUCUCCUGGCGGUUAAUAUAAAUGAUAUUUAUUGGUUCCCUUCUUGUUGUGUGCUCCGGCGGUGCUGUCUCUAAA